AUGGCAUGGGUACCAGCUCUGGCGGUUGGCAUCGGUGUCAUUUCUCAAAGAGAGAGAGAGAGAGAGAGAGAGAGAGAGAGAGAGAGAGAGAGAGAGAGAGAGAGAGAGAGAAAAGACAGGGGGAAGAAGGAGAGUAGAACCACACUGGUGCUAUCUCCCAUCGAAAUAACACAUAGGUGCUGGCUCGUAAAGCUACCUAGAAGGCUAUUGAGAAGAUGUGCACUGUUUGACACAGGAUUCAGGUGAGGGAAAAAAAUGCAUGUAGACUGAGUGCGAAAAAAAAAGGAAUGCAUUGGAGACAUGUUGUGAGAUUGAAAUUGAAUUGAAAUCAAAGUAUCUAACAAAACAGUUUGUAAUUGGGGUUUUAAAAGGAUGCUCAAUUGAAUUAAUUAACGAAUUAAUGGUAGGGUGUCUAGGCUACUGUCCUUAUUGUAUUAUUUGCAGUAAUAUGCUAAUCAUGUAAAGAUGUAUACUAAAGUCAUGCAGAUGCAUACCAUCUAUGUGAUAUGGACAUUUAUAGAUAUAGAUCAAGAAAAUUGAAUGAUUAUAGCCUAUAAUUUUCAACUUGGUUGGAUGUCAAUUUGUCCAGAUAAGGCCAUGGGUAAAAUGUCAUGCUAAGGAUGAUAAUAAAUAUCUAAUGAUAAAAUAACGAAUAACAUCUGACUAAUCAGCGGUAUCUUCCUUCUGUCACGCUAAAGGACGAUGUUGACCUUACGGUUUGAUGAGCCAGCAAUGAGGCCAGGGACCGGGACCCAGUUUGGGGCCAACUUCCCUCUAGACUGCGUGCGCGAGAUCAAGGUCAGUAAACAAGAACCUUUCCUAAAAGCAGCCGAUACCAUCUCCAUCUCCCAGACCCACAUCAAAACCAUGGAGGAUGAGUUAGACUCAGAGAGGGAUGAGGACGAGAGAGAGGAGCUAGGCCAAGAAGACGAGGACGUGGACGGUUUACCAGGGAGGAGGAGAGGCCCGCGUAAAAAGAAGAUGACCAAGGGGCGCGUGGACAGGGUGAAGAUUCGGCGCCAGGAGGCCAACGCGCGCGAGCGGAGCAGGAUGCACGGGCUGAACGACGCGCUGGACUGCCUGCGCAAAGUCGUGCCCUGCUACUCCAAGACGCAGAAGCUGUCCAAGAUUGAGACUCUCCGACUGGCCAAGAACUACAUCUGGGCGCUGUCGGAGAUCCUCAGCACCGGCAAGAGACCCGACCUACUGGCAUUUGUCCAGGCGCUCUGCAAGGGAUUGUCUCAGCCAACCACCAACUUAGUGGCGGGCUGUCUCCAGCUCAAUGCCAGAAAUGUCAUCACGGACCACAACGGAGAGGCGUCUUUCACUGGCAGGUCCCCAUUCGAUGCCAUGUACCCUGCAACUUACCACAGUUCCACCGAGGCUGUAGCUUCUUCAGGCCACGGCAGCAGCUCCAUGGACAGCGCCAAACCUUUCAGACCAUUUAGCUCCUACUGCAGUGCCUACGAGUCCUUCUACGAGAGCACGUCCCCAGAAUGUUCCAGCCCUCAAUUCGACAGUGGUGCUCUGAGCCCUCCAAUCAACUUUAACGGGAUAUUCUCCCUAAAGCACGAGGAGCCAGCGGACUAUGGAAAGAGCUGGUCGCAACUCCCUCGGUCAGAACUCAAUGUCACGGGGGUCCUCUGACAUCCGGGACAUCCAUGUCCCCUAUGACAUCCACCUCCGCAGCCAGUUCUACCCAAUGCAGGAGGAACUAAACACGCCUUUUCAUAACUGAUAAGAGAGAAGGCAAAUGUGACCAGCUCUUAGCGGAGUAGCCUAAUUAGGCUAAAAUACUGAACCCACACAUGUAUUAUUUACAACUUGGCCCAUUUUGGGCACUUCCCACUGUCACACACUAGUUGAA